GGAUUAUUUGAAUCUCAAAUACGCAGAACUGAACAGGAGCAAUUACCUCGUGCUCGUAUCACCGCGGAAGUCCCAGCAACUGAUCCGUUAGAGAAUUACGUCUCAAUCAUGCAUCAGCUUCUCGGCCCUGAGCCGCCCGAUCGACCACCCUUGGAUAAUACCCCUCGAUACGUAUCGGAGCUUCCAACUCGUCUAGAAAUGAGUGACCUUGACUAUGUAGAGAGCAAAGGGGCUAUGUGUCUUCCCACGGCUCCGUUUCGAAAGCAGCUUUUGAAAAGUUACGUAUUAUGGGUACACCCUCAGGUACCAGUGUUAGAUCUAGAUAAAUUUCUACAUUCGAUCGCUGCAAAUGACGGUAAAACUCGCAUCAGCCUGCUGUUGUUCCACGCAGUCAUGUUCGCCGCUUCUGCGUUCGUGGAUAUAUCACACAUCCAGAAUGAGGGAUACCUGUCGCGAAAGGUAGCGCGCGACGUUUUAUUCCGGCGAGUAAAGGUCCGCAUCAGUCAAACCUCUACACUACAUCUUCUACUCUUCACUGUGCUUUUGGAACUAAAUUGCGAGGACGACCCAAUUUCAACAGUACAAGCCCUGCUUCUACUCAUUCAUUGGAAUGACCUACCUCAAUCGGAGAAGGGCUCCAGCCACUGGAUCGGUGUCUGUCUCUCGUUAGCAAUAUCUAUCGGUCUUCACCGCAAUCCAGAUUCUUCUGUCGUCAUGGCAUCCGAGCAAAAGAUGCGCAGACGCACCUGGUGGAGCGUGCACAAUCACACUCGACUAACCGUGGAGAACCUACUCUCUGUGAUACGCAUGCAAGAGGAUCGCGAGGACAGAAAUCUGUUCGAUAUAUCGAUGAUCGCAUUGAGUGAUUUCCAACUGCAUAUCUUCCCUCCCGAGCUACGGGCAGUUGUAGACGAUUGUGAGGUUCUUCGUGACGUCAAAUACCAAAAGACACAAGCUGAAAUUUUUAUUGAAAAGACCAAGCUUUGUCAAUUGUCUCGAUUUUCGAGUAUCUUGAAUCGAGUACAGAAGAUGGUGUGUGGAGAAGACAUAGGGAAUGGUCAAGCACAUUCGAAGCCAAAUUCAACACAAGGGGAGAUAGAGGAGCAUCACCGAUGGCAACUUCGGCUUCCCGUCUCCGCUAGCUAUCAAUGUCCGUUGGACCUGGUUCCGACAGACUGCGAGCGAAGUAUUUAUUUGCAUCAAUCCUGGCUUCGGCUCCUUUAUCUGGGUUCAUUGUACGCAGCAUGCUGCCACGAGACAGAAGAAGCGUUAGGUGGCAAUCUCGCUGUCCCAGGGCAGAGUUCCCGGUCUGAACUAGUCGAGAAAUGCCUCCUGGAUAUCACAAAUGUUUUUGAUGAGAUUGACUGUUUGGAACUAUGCGAGGAGCUACCGUGUCCGACCUCGGCGCUGUUGAUACUUGCCUUGGCCUACCACAGGCAGCGUUCCCACGCCAGUUCCCGAACAAAUACACGCCAGGGGUCUCGCUCGCUGCACAAAUGCUGGAAGAUUCUGCGCAAGCUGAAGGAAACCUCUUAUCUUGCUGCUCGUAUGGCCACUGCUGUCGAAGAUGCAAGAUGUGACGAACUUUGGAAAUCAAUAUCGACUAUUAAUUCGCCAUUUAGCAAGACCUCACUUGCAAAUCAUCUCACGCAGACUUCGUGGUGA